AUGGCGCCCGGGUCUUCAGAUCACCAGUCCUACUACCGCAGUGGCGGCCACACCGCCGCCGCAACACGGCCUGUCGGCGCCGACCCCGACACGUGGAUUCAAGUCACCGAGAUUGAUGACGACGACCUGCAGUUUGGCGGCAAGUCUCUGAGCGAGUGGUACGAGGAGGAGCGUCGCCGUCAGAGCCAUGGCUGCUCGUCUGAUGAAGAGGAACGUGGCCGACAGAGGGUUCGCAAGCACUACCAGCACACCAAGAAGAGCGACAAGAAGCGCUGA